GCUUCCUGAUUGGCUGCCGGGCUCCGCCAAUCAGCGCGCGCGGCGUUCCCGCCGUUGCUGUGGGGACGGCGCGGCCGCCGGAGGGGGCGGAGCGGCCCUGAUGGGGAUCCAUGCAAAUUUAUGUAAAUGAGCGGCGGGAGCGCCGCCCUGAAUAUUCAUGAGGCGCUGAGGGAGGCCGCAGAACCACCCGGGUGUCGGCCCCGCCCGGCCGGCCAUGCCCGGGGCCGCGGUGUCGCCGGUGUCGCCGGUGUCGCGCGCGGCGCUGCCGCUGUUCCCGGCGCUGCCGGCGGGGCUGCUGUGCCUGCCGGGGCUGCUCUUCUUCCCGGGGCUCUUCCUGCUGGCCCGCCGCGCGCUGGCCUCCAUCGCCGGCUGUCCCCAGAGCCGCGCCACCGUGCUGGCCGCCAGGCUGGUGUCCUCGGUGCAGGCCGUGAUGGCCUCCACGGCCGGGUACAUCAUCUCCAGCUCCUGCCAGCACGUCAUCGAUGACCAGCACUGGCUGGCCGCCGCCUACCCGCCCUUCGCCGUGCCCUACUUCGUGUACGACGUGUACGCCAUGUACCUGUGCCACCUGCAGCGCGCCCAGGUGAAGGGGCACGGGCAGGGCGGCCCCGCCCCGCGCGCCGCCGCCGCCUUCCUGCGCCAGGAGCUGCUCAUGGUGCUGCACCACGCGGCCAUGGUGCUCGUCUGCUUCCCCGUGGCCACCCUGUGGCGGCAGGGCAAGGGCGACUUCUUCCUGGGCUGUCUCCUGAUGGCCGAGCUGAGCACGCCCUUCGUGUGCCUGGGCAAGGUCCUCAUCCUGCUGCGGCGGCAGCACACGGCGCUGCACAAGCUCAACGGGCUGGCGCUGCUGGUGACCUUCCUGGGCUGCCGCGUGCUGCUCUUCCCCUACCUGUACUGGGCCUACGGGCGGCAGCGCGGGCUGGCGCUGCUGCGCGUGCCGGCCGCGCUGCCCCCGGCCUACAACGCCGCCGCCGCCGCGCUGGCGGCGCCGCAGCUCUACUGGUUCGGCCUCAUCUGCCGCGGCGCCUGGCGGCUCUUCCGGCCCGCGGGGACCCCGCCCCGGCCGCCCUGAGGGGACGAGCCCGGGGACAAGACGGGGAGAACCCGGGGACGGCCCCGGGGCGGCCCAGGGAGAAGCCAGGACAACCCCAGGAUGACCCAGGACAACCCAGGGAGAAGCCAGGACAACCCAGGGAGAUCCCAGGACAACCCCAGGACAACCCGGGGAGAACCCAGGACAACCCCAGGAUGAUCCAGGACAACCCAGGAGAUCCCAGGAGAACCCAGGACAACCCCAGGAUGACCCAGGACAACCCCAGGACAACCCAGGAGAUCCCAGGACAACCCAGGGAGAUCCCAGGACAUCCCAGGGAGAUACCAGGACAAUCCGGGGAGAAGCCAGGGAGAUCCCAGGACAACCCGGGGAGAUCCCAGGACAUCCCAGGGAGAUCCCAGGACAACCCCAGGAUGACCCAGGACAACCCAGAACAUCCCAGGACAACCCAGGACAACCCAGGACAACCCAGGGAGAUCCCAGGACAACCCGGGGAUGACCCAGGACAUCCCAGGACAUCCCAGGACAACCUGGGAUGACCCAGGAUAACCCAGGGAGAGCCCAGAACAACCCGGGGACGACCCAGGACAACCCAGGACAACCCGGGAUGACCCAGGACAACCCAGGACAACCCGGGAUGACCCAGGACAACCCGGGCAGAACCCAGAACAAUCCGGGAACAACCCAGGACAAUCCAGGACAGCCCAGGGCAACCCAGGGAGGACCUGGGGACAACCCAGGGGCAACCCGGGGAGAACCUGGGGAGAACCCAGGACAACCCAGGACAACCUGGGGAGAACCUGGGACAACCCGGGGACAACCUGGGGAGAACCUGGGACAACCUGGGCCAACCUGGGGACAACUUGGGAGAACCUGGGACAACCCAGGACAACCUGGGGACAACCUGGGGGGACCUGGGGACAGCCUGGGGACAACUUGGGGAGAACCUGGGACAACCUGGGACAACCCGGGGACAACCUGGGGAGAACCCAGGACAACCCAGGACAACCUGGGGAGGACCCGGAGACAACCUGGGGACAACCUGGGACAACCUGGGGGGACCUGGGGACAACCUGGGGAGAACCUGGGACAACCCAGGACAACCUGGGGACAACCUGGGACAACCUGGGGGGACCUGGGGACAACCUGGGACAACCCAGGACAACCUGGGGACAACCUGGGACAACCUGGGGACAAUCUGGGGAGAACCUGGGGACAACCUGGGGAGAACCUGGGACAGCCUGGGGACACCUGGGGGGACCUGGGACAACCUGGGACAACCUGGGGAGGACCUGGUGGGACCCGGAGCCCUGGGGGAGGGGGUGGGGCGGGCCGGGGUGGCCUGGAGGGUCUCGGGGGUGUCCUGAGGGGUCCUGGGGUGGCUGCGGGACACCCUGAAGGGGACAGCCUGCGGUGGCUUUGGGACAUCUUGAAGGGGACAGCCUGUGGGACAUCCAUGGGACACCUGGGGCGGCUCUGGGACAUCCCUGGGACACCCCGGGUGGCUUUGGGACAUCCCUGGGACACUUUGGGGCACCCAGGAGUGGCUUUGGGACGUCUCUGGGUCGCCCCGGGUGGUUUUGGGUCACCCUGGGACACUUUGGGACACCCCCGGGUGGCUCUGGGACACCCAUGGGACACCCAUGGGACAUCUGCGGUGGCUUUGGGACAUUUCUGGGACACCCCGGGUGACUCUGGGACACCCAUGGGACACCCUGGGGUGGCUCUGGGACAGCCGCGGGGUGGCGUUGGGUGAUCUUGGGACACCCGUGGGACACUUUGGGACAUCCCUGGGACACCCCGGGGUGGCUUUGGGACAUCCCUGGGACACCUUGGGACACCUUGGGACACCCUGAAGGGGACACCCUGCAGUGGCUCUGUGACAUCCGUGGGACACUUUGGGACACCCAUGGGACACCCCUGGUGGCUCUGGGACACCCAUGGGACACUUUGGGACACCCCGGGUGGCUUUGGGACGUCUCUGGGACACCCCGGGUGGUUUUGAGACACCCUGGGAAACCCUGGGACACCCCGGGGUGGCUCUGGGACACCCAUGGGACACUUUGGGACACCCUGGGGUGGCUCUGGGACAUCCCUGGGACACCCUGGGACACCCGGGUGGCUUUGGGACAUUUCUGGGACACUUUGGGAUGCCCCGGUGGCUUUGGGACGUCUCUGGGACACCCCGGGUGGUUUUGGGACACCCUGGGACACAUUGGGGCAUCCCUGGGACACCCAUGGGACACCCUGGGAUGGCUCUGGGACAUCCCUGGGACACCCAUGGGACACCUUGGGACACCCCCGGGUGGCUUUGGGACACCCAUGGGACACUUUGGGACACCCCCGGGUGGCUUUGGGACACCCAUGGGACACCCAGAAGGGGACACCCUGCGGUGGCUCUGGGACAUCCAUGGGACACCUGGGGCAGCUCUGGGACACCUAUGGGACACCCCUGGGACACCUGGGGUGGCUUUGGGACAUCCCUGGGACACUUUGGGACAUCCCCGGGGUGGCUCUGGGACAUCGGCAGGGUGGCGUUGGGCGAUCCUGGGACACCCAUGGGACACGCUGGGGUGGCUUUGGGACAUCCCUGGGACACCCUGGGACACCCCUGGUGGCUCUGGGACACCCAUGGGACACCUCUGGGGUGGCUUUGGGACAUCCCUGGGACACUGUGGGGUGGCUUUGGGACAGCUGUGAGACAUCCCUGGGACAUCUGUGGUGGCUUUGGGACAUCCCUGGGACACCCCUGGGACACCCUGGGGUGGCUUUGGGACACCCUGGGACACUUUGGGACACCCCGGGUGGCUCUGGGACACCCCUGGGACACCCAUGGGACAUCUGUGGUGGCUUUGGGACAUCCCUGGGACACUUUGGGACACCUUGGGACACCCCAGGUGGCUCUGGGACGUCUCUGGGACACCCGGGGUGGCUUUGGGACACCCCGGGGUGGCUUUGGAUGAUCUUGGGACACCUUUGGACACCCUGGGGUGGCUCUGGGACGUCUCUGGGACACCCCCGGCUGGUUUUGGGACAUCCCUGGGACACCCUGGGACACGCCGGGGUGGCUUUGGGACACCUGUGAGACAUCCCUGGGACAUUUGCGGUGGCUUUGGGACAUCCCUGGGACACCCCUGGGACACCCUGAAGGGGACACCCUGCAGUGGCUCUGGGACAUCCGUGGGACACUUUGGGACACCCAUGGGACACCUCUGGUGGCUUUGGGUGAUCUUGGGACACCCAUGGGACACUUUGUGACAUCCCUGGGACAUCUGCGGUGGCUUUGGGACAUCCCUGGGACACCCCGGGGUGGCUUUGGGUGAUCUUGGGACACUUUGGGACACCCAUGGGACACUUUGGGACACCUGGGGUGGCUCUGGGACAUUCCUGGGACACUGUGGGACACCCGGGUGGCUCUGGGGUCCCCGUGGGUUUUUUGGGUCCCUUUGGGGUUUUUUUGGGUCCCUUUGGGGUUUUUUUGGGUCCCUUUGGGUUUUUUUGGGUCCCUUUGGGGUUUUUUUGGGUCCCUUUGGGUUUUUUUGGGUCCCUUUGGGGUUUUUUUGGGUCCCUUUGGGUUUUUUUGGGUCCCUUUGGGGUUUUUUUGGGUCCCUUUGGGUUUUUUUGGGUCCCUUUGGGGGUUUUUUGGGUCCCCCCGCCCCUCCCCCAUUAAAGGCUGCGGCACUUCCGGC